ACAGGGUUAACCAGCAGCGAAGCCCCGUCCGUCCGUGGAAGGGAAGGAGGUUCCUGAAGCGCAGAAAUGGCGAACGUGGUGCUGGAGUUCAAGGUUUCUGCCGGGGACUCUGAGCCUCAGAGUCGGCCUGUGUUGAUUCUGGGUCAGCAGAACCACCUGCAGGACGUCUGCUGGAGCCAAAUCAAAGGAAAACUGCAGCCGGCUGUUAGCAAAGAGACCUGGAAGGCAGCUCUCGGUGCUCUGAACCCGAAACCCACGGACAGCUGCCCGCUCUACCUGAACCAAGCCGUGGUGGCUGCUCUUCCGUCACGCGUCAGCAGACAUAACAGCCCGGCCUCCGCCCACUUUUUGUUCCGUCUGAUCCGCUCCUGCCUUCCUGGAGGGAACAACCGCUGCAUUGUGGUGGUGUGUGAGCGCUCUGAUGUGUUCGCCUCGGCUUGCGCCAUCGCCAGGGCCUUCCCCCUCUUCACCCGUCGCUCUGCAGCCUCUCGCAGGACGGAGAAGAAGCAUGUGACGGUGGAGUUUGUGGUCGUUGAUGGCAGUCCUCUGGAGGACGCUGAAAUGGGGUGUCUUUCCAAUGCUGCUGAUGGGGUACGGUUGGCGGCUCGCAUUGUUGACACUCCGUGCAACGAGAUGAACACAGACCACUUCCUGGAUGAAAUAAAAGCUGUGGGAAGUGACCUAGGAAUUACUCCAGUUAUCAUUCGAGGAGAGGAACUGAAGCAAAGAGGAUUUGGAGGUAUCUACGGUGUCGGAAAGGCAGCGGUACAUCCUCCUGCAUUAGCAGUGUUGAGCCACACUCCUGACGGGGCGACACAGAACAUCGCCUGGGUGGGAAAAGGCAUUGUGUACGACACCGGUGGACUCAGCAUCAAGGGGAAGACUACGAUGCCCGGGAUGAAGAGAGACUGUGGUGGAGCCGCCGCUAUUUUAGGAGCUUUUAAGGCCACCAUCAAACAGGGCUUUAAGGAUAACCUCCACGCUGUGUUCUGUCUUGCUGAGAACUCUGUGGGACCCACGGCCACCCGCCCUGAUGACAUCCACACACUCUACUCUGGAAAGACGGUGGAGAUCAACAACACUGAUGCUGAGGGCAGGCUGGUGCUGGCAGACGGUGUGGUGUACGCCUCCAAAGAUCUGUCCGCCGACAUCAUUCUGGACAUGGCAACUCUCACAGGAGCUCAGGGAAUCUCUACGGGGAAGUACCAUGCUGCAGUCAUGACCAACAGCGAGCAGUGGGAGGUUGCGUGUGUGCGCGCUGGGCGGAGCAGCGGCGAUCUGGCCCACCCGCUCGUUUACUGUCCUGAGCUGCACUUCAGCGAGUUCACCUCAGCUGUGGCAGACAUGAAGAACUCUGUGGCUGAUCGGGAGAACGCCCAGAGUUCCUGCGCCGGCCUCUUCAUCGGUUCCCACCUGGGCUUCGAUUGGCCCGGUGUCUGGGUCCAUGUUGACAUAGCCUCUCCAGUUCAUGCGGGGGAGCGUGCCACUGGGUUCGGCGUCGCUUUGCUCAUGGCCCUGUUUGGCCAGGCCUCUGAUGACUCCAUGUUGAACCAGGUGUCUCCUCUGGGGGCUCCGUCCAACAAGUCAGAGGGCCAGAUGGAGCGGGACUGCAAGAGGCGUAGACUGGUUUAGAGGCGACGCUUCACUCCUCCAACCUCUGCAUGGCCGCCGCCUGGCCGUCGAAGCCCGUCCAGUUAGUGGAAACAUUUUAAACAGUUUGAUGGAACCUGAUGAGUGAAUAACAGGAUAAUAAGAUGUAGUGUAAAUGAUCAACACUGCCCUCCACUUGUCCUCGUUACUCAUCGGCUCCAUAACUCAUUUCCUUUUUUUUUUCAGUUUACUAUGACAAAGAUUAAAUAUUAGAAAUAAAAUAAAGUUGAUUGAAUUGUUUUCGUAUCAGUCUAUCAAAGAUAAUUGUGUUGAUUUUUUUCUAAAGACUAAGAUUUUAACACCUCGCAGAUUCUUCUUAAACAUCAGCAGGAAGUGUAUUCUUUUAUGUAAAUCAAGGAGUACGCCAUCAUGUCUUACACGUUGUGUUUUUUUUAUUGGAUCAUUAAACUUGUCAGGAACCACCGCACUUUGUAUUAAUGCUAGAUGACAAUGUGAUCCUUGAACUAAGAAGCAUUAAGCACCACCGCAGGUUUUAUCGGUUGGUUUUUGGGAGAAAACAUGUUUUGUCAAUUUCAAAUAUGUCAGUAGCAGUGUUUGUCAGAGUCCUGCACAAUGACGUCUAUCCACAUGUCUGACAAUCAUGUCCUUGUUUCAAAGCAGUGCCAUCAGAGAAAAUUAAUAAAAGAUCUAGUCUGUCAACGUGAA